AUGGUUUCUGAAAAGAUAUCGUUAAAUGAUAUUAUAGAUGCAAGUAAACGUCUUGGAAAUGAUAUUAUUAAAACUCCAAUUAUUCAAAAUGAUUAUAUUAAUAAAUUGACGGGAAAAAAUUUAUUCUUCAAGUGUGAAAAUUUUCAAGUAACAGGUUCAUUUAAAGCUAGAGGUGCAUUGAAUGCUGUUAGAAAAGCUAUUGAGAAUCAUCCUAUACAAGGAUUUUUAACACAUUCCUCUGGAAAUCAUGGAACAGCUUUAGCAUGGGCUGCCUCAAAAGAAAAUAAACCAUGUAUUGUUGUUAUUCCACAAAAUACUCCACAAUUUAAGAGAAAAAGAAUUGAAAUGUUUGAUGCUAGUUUAGUUUUUGCUGAUAAUACUAUAAAAGGAAGAGAGGAAUGUUGUAAUGAAACUCAAAAAACAACAGGUUAUUUUGUUGUCCAACCAUUUAAUGCAUUUGAAGUUAUGGCUGGACAGGGAACUUUAGCAAUAGAAAUUGAUGAUGAUGUACCAAAUUGUGAGGCUGUCCUUGUAGCUGUUGGUGGUGGAGGUCUCGUUUCUGGUAUCUCUACAUAUUUUAAAGAAAAAGAUAGUGUUACAGCAAAAAAACGUUUAUGGGAGGAUGAUGGUGCAUCAUUAAAUACAAUUGCUGAUGGUAUUAGAGUUAAAGUUGUGGGUGAAAAAUGUUUUGAACAGGUUAUACAGUAUUGUGAAUCAGAUGUCCUGACAGUUAAUGAUGAAGAAAUUAAAAAUGCUAUGAAAAUUAUUUAUGAAGAGUUAAAGAUUGUCAUUGAACCAACUGGUGGAGUAACAUUUGCUGGAUUAUUAAAAUAUAAAGAUACAAUUUUGAAAGAUAUAAAAAAUAUUACAUUAAUAGUUUGUGGUGGUAAUAUAUCAUGUAUUGACAUUUCAAAAUUCUUUUCAUCAUAA